AUGAAGUUUCUCCAAUCUUUUUUUGCACUGUCUCUCCUUGGAGCAGCGGUGGCAAUUCCUACCAUAAACUCGGUGGCUAUUCCCAACGAUAAGGAGAUCUCUAUCGUGAAUCGAGAUCUCGCUUGCUCUCAUUUGGAAGAGCGGUCAUCAUGUGUGGAUGUCGUAAAGGCAAUCUACGCUACUGUGACUAUGGAAGCAGCUAUUAUCUUCUUGGACACAUCCUCGUUAAUUAUCAAAAAGAUCUACAAAAAGACCGAAGCCGAGGAUUGUGUGUACUGGGCUGAGGAAGUUAAAGAAAUUAUGGAUAUACUUCAGGGUUUAUCUGCUACAAAGAAGGGCUAUGGAGCCGUGGCCGCUUAUCUUGCAACCCAUUCAGCGAUCCAUUGGGACCGUCGAUCGUUUUCCAACGAAAGUGAUUCGGAUGCCCCAGAAGACCUUGGUGAUGUUUUGCGAAGCAUUGGCUAUGAAUACGACGCCAUUCAUAAUACGACUUCUCCAUCAGGUCGAGAUUACGUGUUGCUGGGAUUCGAGGAUGGCACCGGGCAGCUACACGUUUCAAGUACCGGCUUUGGAAACACCACUGCUUCCUAUCAAAAGCGGACAUCAGCUGCAGGUGUCAAAGUUGCUUUCAAGCUUGGAUCUGCUAGGGUUACCUCGUCUUCAGCUCGGGAUGCUUCUGCGUUGGCUAUUGCGACCAAGUUUUUGUCAUAUGCCAAGGAGGGCUACGCGAAUAUGCUUGGAUUUGUGGAAAAAGAGAACGUCGGCGCUCUAUUCUUUCGCACUAUCUUUGAGCUUGAUGGCUUUGGAUUGAACUAUGAGAGUCUGACUAUUUGCGGUUCCAUGGCCAGUUACAUUGGAACAUACCUGGGUUCUGGUUAG